AUGGAGCCCCUCCGGCUGCUCUUCCUGCUCUCCGUCACAGAGCUGUCCCGAGGCCUCAACGCCACGGUGUUCCGGGGCCUGGCCGGCCAGUCCCUGCGGGUGUCCUGCCCCUACAACUCCCGGGAGCACUGGGGGCGACGCAAGGCCUGGUGCCGCCAGCUGGGUGCAGAGGGCCCGUGCCAGCGGGUGGUCAGCACCCACAGCUCGUGGCUGCUGUCCUUCGUGAAGAUGUGGAACGGGAGCACGGCCGUCUCGGACGACGCCCUGGGCGGCAGGCUCACCGUCACGCUGCGUAACCUCCAGGCCCACGACGCCGGCCUCUACCAGUGCCAGAGCCUCCGCGGGAGCGAGGCCGACACCCUCGGGGAAGUCCUGGUGGAGGUGCUGGCCGACCCCCUCGAUGGCCAGGACCCCGGUGAGCUCUGGACCCCGGAGCAGUCCCAGGGCUUUGAGGACGCCCAGGUGGAGCACAGCGUCUCCAGGAGCCUCCAGGAAGAGGAGAUCCCCUUCCCACCCACCUCCAUCCUGUUCCUCCUGGCCUGCAUCUUUCUCAGCAAGCUGCUAGCCGCUAGCGCCCUCUGGGCUGCGGCCUGGCAUGGGCGGAAACGGGGGACACCCCCGGCCAGUGGGCCUGACUAUGGCUAUGACCCAGGUGACCAGCUCCAGACUCUGACAGGGCUGAGGGACACCUGA